AUGAAGGGGCUCCGUUCCAGUACAGUUCAACGAAGCGACAAACUCAAAGAUGGUAUGAGAAAAACCAAGGGAAAUUGUACAGAAAUGGUUACUUAUCGAACUACAUUCUUGAUCGCUCUUUCGAAAAAGCACCGAGACACACAAUCGCAAAUGCCGAAUCUCGGACUCUUGGCUGUCUGUGGGGUAUGGGGAAACGACGAGAUGAAUUUGAGUUCAAUAUCAAAUUUUGUAUGGAGAAUGAACGGCAACUUUAAGAUAUCCAAUUGCUGUUACCUGGGUGAAAAUCAAUGCAGUGAAUCAUCGCGAUACCAUUGA